CGCGAGCUCUGGUUGGUGGAGCCGAAGUCACGAGGACCCCCUUCGUCGCCUUUCCAGAGGCGAUUACUGGGCAGGCUCAGUCUUUUGCCUCAGACGCUAGCUGUAGCUGGCAGGCGGUUGUACGUGCUCCAGAGUCGUCGGUACCCGCUACUGCAGUCGCUUUCGUGUGGCUUCCGCUGAGCUCUUCCGAGCUGCUCGCUCUCCACACGCGCCGCCGCCGUAAUCCGCCACCAUGGUGAAGCUCGCAAAGGCUGGCAAAACCCACGGUGAGGCCAAGAAAAUGGCUCCUCCUCCAAAGGAGGUGGAAGAGGAUAGUGAAGAUGAAGAAAUGUCAGAAGAUGAAGAUGACAGCAGUGGAGAAGAGGAGGUUGUCAUCCCUCAGAAAAAAGGCAAAAAGGCUACCACAACCCCAGCAAAGAAGGUGGUUGUUUCACAAACAAAAAAGGCUGCAGUUCCCACACCAGCUAAGAAAGCAGCUGUGACCCCAGGCAAAAAGGCAGUAGCCACACCAGCUAAGAAAAACAUUACACCAGCCAAAGUCAUUCCAACACCGGGUAAGAAGGGAGCUGCACAAGCAAAAGCGUUGGUACCAACUCCUGGUAAAAAGGGAGCUGCCACUCCAGCUAAGGGGGCUAAGAACGGUAAGAAUGCCAAGAAGGAAGACAGUGAUGAGGAUGAAGAUGAAGAGGAUGAAGAUGAUAGCGAUGAGGAUGAAGAUGAUGAGGAAGAGGAUGAGUUUGAGCCACCAAUAGUAAAAGGAGUGAAGCCAGCAAAAGCAGCUCCUGCUGCUCCUGCCUCAGAGGAUGAGGAAGAUGAUGAGGAUGAAGAUGAUGAGGAAGAUGAUGAUGAAGAGGAGGAAGAUGACUCUGAGGAAGAAGUUAUGGAGAUCACAACAGCCAAAGGAAAGAAAACUCCUGCAAAAGUUGUUCCUAUGAAAGCCAAGAGUGUGGCUGAGGAGGAGGAUGAUGAGGAAGAGGAUGAAGAUGACGAGGAUGAGGAUGAUGAGGAAGAGGAUGACGAAGAUGAUGAUGAGGAAGAAGAGGAGGAAGAACCUGUUAAAGCAGCACCUGGAAAACGGAAGAAGGAGAUGACCAAGCAGAAAGAAGCCCCUGAAGCCAAGAAACAGAAAGUAGAAGGCUCAGAACCAACUACACCUUUCAAUCUGUUCAUUGGAAACCUUAAUCCAAACAAGUCUGUUAAUGAAUUAAAAUUUGCCAUCAGUGAACUUUUUGCUAAAAAUGAUCUUGCUGUUGUGGAUGUCAGAACUGGUACAAAUAGGAAAUUUGGUUAUGUGGACUUUGAGUCUGCUGAAGACCUAGAAAAGGCCUUGGAGCUCACUGGUUUAAAAGUGUUUGGCAAUGAAAUUAAACUAGAAAAACCAAAAGGAAGAGAUAGUAAGAAAGUUCGAGCUGCAAGAACACUUCUAGCCAAAAACCUCUCUUUCAACAUCACUGAGGAUGAAUUAAAGGAAGUGUUUGAAGACGCCAUGGAGAUCAGAUUAGUCAGCCAGGAUGGGAAAAGUAAAGGGAUUGCUUAUAUUGAAUUUAAGUCUGAAGCUGAUGCAGAGAAAAAUUUGGAAGAAAAGCAGGGGGCAGAAAUUGAUGGACGAUCUGUUUCACUCUACUAUACUGGAGAGAAAGGUCAAAGGCAAGAGAGAACUGGAAAGACCAGCACUUGGAGUGGUGAAUCAAAGACUUUGGUUUUAAGUAACCUUUCCUACAGUGCAACAAAAGAAACUCUUGAGGAAGUAUUUGAGAAAGCAACUUUUAUCAAAGUGCCCCAGAACCCACAUGGCAAACCUAAAGGGUAUGCAUUUAUAGAAUUUGCUUCAUUUGAAGAUGCUAAAGAAGCUUUAAAUUCCUGUAAUAAAAUGGAAAUUGAGGGCAGAACAAUCAGGCUGGAGUUGCAAGGAUCCAAUUCGAGAAGUCAACCAUCCAAAACUCUGUUUGUCAAAGGUCUGUCUGAGGAUACCACUGAAGAGACCUUAAAAGAAUCAUUUGAGGGCUCUGUUCGUGCAAGAAUAGUCACUGAUCGGGAAACUGGUUCUUCCAAAGGGUUUGGUUUUGUAGACUUUAAUAGUGAGGAAGAUGCCAAAGCUGCCAAGGAGGCCAUGGAAGAUGGAGAAAUUGACGGAAACAAAGUUACCUUGGACUGGGCCAAACCUAAGGGUGAAGGUGGCUUUGGUGGUCGAGGUGGAGGCAGAGGAGGUUUCGGAGGCAGAGGUGGAGGCAGAGGUGGAAGAGGUGGAUUUGGAGGAAGAGGCCGGGGAGGCUUUGGAGGUAGAGGAGGCUUCCGAGGCGGCAGAGGAGGAGGGGGAGACUUCAAGCCACAAGGAAAGAAGACGAAGUUUGAAUAGUUCCUUCCAUCCCAUUCUUUCCCUCUUCAUUUUAAAGAAAGGACUCUGGGGUUUUUACUCUGUUACCUGUUCAAUGACAGAGCCUUCUAAGGACAUUCCAAGACAGUAAAGAUCCUAAACUCUGUUGCCAGACUUAAUACUUCCUAGAGGUUACAUUUGGAUUGUUGCUUAAGAGCUUGGCAAGACCAACUCUGCCCAGUGGGAAUUUCAGUUGUGUUCCUACUGCUUUCAAGAAUUCCCAGCUACAAAUGUGGAAAUUGGUGGGGAACAGCUUCAUCAUGAUUCUGAUCUGGAAGAUUUAAUUUGUAUCUUAGAAGGGUGUGUACUGGAAAAGUGGUUGAUAGAGCACAUGGAUCAGUGCUGGAAAUACCAUACAAGAGCUUGUGUGGUAUGUAAUUCUAUUCCCAGCAUAAUAAGAACAAACAGUACAGUGCAAUCUGAAAUGACCUGGACAAGGAAUGGUACCCCAUUGGGUUGAAAAAUUCACAUAGCCAGGAUGGUUGCACAUGCCUUUAACCCCAGCACUUGGGAGGGAGAGGCUGGUAGAUCUGAGUUUGAUCUGGUGUACAGAGAGUUCCAGAACAGCCAGGGCUGUUUAUUAGAGAAAAAACCCUGUCUUGAAAAAACAAGAAAAAAAAACCUCACAGACAACCAAAUACAGAGUUUUAGCCACUGAGUACCAAGUCUCAGCAGCAAGCUGGGAGUGACGUAAUCCAAUCCCAUGGGAGGCUAAAGCAGUCUAUGACUUCAAUGCCAGUUGGGUCUGCAGAACUGAGUUGCUGGAUAGUGAGGGAUACUUAGAAACUUUGUCUUGAAAAAAAAAACAAGACCUGUCAAAUUUGAGAGAAGCUUUGGGAAACAAGGUUUGUAAGUUCCAACAGAGGGAACAGUGGCCUUUUUGACUUAAAGGUUGUCAGAGGUCCAGUUUAACUAGGGAUAAUACAGUGGCCCUUGGCCUGUGUACUUAAUGAAUUUUUCAGUGAUCUAUCAAGGAUGUUUGGUUUUUUUGUUUUUUGUUUGUUUUGUAUAAGGCAUGGGUGCCUAGAUAACCUUAAUAGAAACUUUCCUGUAGGUGUUUUUCCAAGUCCCACUCCCAACAAACUGAUUUUCAAGAAAGACCAGUCAGCUAUUCUCAACCAAAGACCCUCUGUAGGGUUGCGCUUAGCACCUGUCUGGUGGCUUGAGUAUGUGGUAUGACCAUUGCAGUCGCAGUCCUGUCUAAAAGUGAGGAUGGCGUGGGCAUUAGAUUUGUGUAGCAGGGAACAGUUUGGUGGGUUCUUUUGCUGUGGGGAGUGGAGCCCUUGAUUAUGUUAACCUCCUUGUUAAAGAUUAAUGGCAUGUAGCUGAAGGCACUCAGCUGUCAUUAAUCCUAGAAGGCAGACCAAUUUGAGGCUAAGGAAUUCCAGAAUAGCCAGUGCUACACAGAAGACCCCCAAGACUACAAUAGCAAAGGAAAGGUUCAACUCUGGUGCUAGCAGACAUCAUUUUUUUGUGGAUUGAGGACAUAGUUAACCUAUAGGAUCAUCAGAAGAUUUACAGUUGAAUAGCUCUCCCUAAACGAGGCAGACAUUUUAGAAAAGCAGCAAACCUUUCUGGAAAUGGUUGUUUGCUUUCUUUUCUCAUUCUUCCAGCAGGUGGCAACAUGAGAACUGAAGAAAGGGUGGAGGGAAGGCAGUUAAUCUGCCUUCACCUAAUAGAUAAACACAAAGCUCUUAUUCUGGUGGUAGAGUAGCUUGUAGAGGUCUUUUAAAGAGCAACAAAGCUUUCUCAUUUGAAAGAUUCACUUCAGCUGGGCGUGGUGGCGCACGCCUUUAGUCCCAGCACUUGGGAGGCAGAGGCAAGUGAUUUUCUGAGUGAGUUCGAGGCCAGCCUAGGUCUACAGAGUGAGUUCUAGGACAGCCAGGGCUACACAGAGAAACCCUGCCUCAAAAAACAAAAAGAUUCACUCCUGACCAUUUAUCACCUGCUUUUGACUAUACACUACCCCUUCAGUGUGGCUUUUUUCCUACGGAUGCUAGUGAUAGGAGUUACCUAAUGUAGUUUUCAGUUCAAUCUGCCUGAACCUUUUCAACUCUUAAGGAACAUAGGCAGAUGCUAAGGGUGUAGGUCUUGACCCUAUACUGAGGUAGAAAGGAAGGGGAAAUGGAAGAGGAGCAUGUACUCUUUACUUCUAAGCUGGAUCUAUAGCCUUAGGAUUACCAUCUAUAACAGGCUAAUUUCAUUCAGUUAGUGGUAAAACCCUUUGCCAUAGAAUAAAAGGGCUCUCAAGGUUCUAGUAGUAAAACAAGUUUUGGUUGCUGUCCUCCAUUAAGUGCCUACUAAAUGAUAAGUGAUGGAGAGGAUGGAACUGAUUCCAAGAAAUACUCAACAGUGAGGACUUAUAGGCCACUUAACCUGUGUGUGCUUGUGGGAUAUUUCUACCUUUUGAAGCAGGGUCUCUUAUUUUCUUACUCACUACAAGCUUUCAAGUACUUCUGGCAAUACGAAUGGGAUUAGCAAUGCAUGCCAUUUCAGUGGCCUUAUCUGGGUUUCAGGGGUCCUGGUCAUCAGGUUCUCGCUGGUAAAUCUUAAAGACCACCGUCUUUUUUUUUUUUUUUUUUUUGAGACAGGGUCUUUAGCUCUGUGGCCAUCAUGGAACUCAAUAGGUAGACUAGGCUGACCUCAAGAUGUCUGCCUCUUGAGUGUUGCAUUAAAGGCCUGUGCCACCAUGUCAGGCUCCAUUAUAGAAACACACUACUAUCAGAAGGAUGAUAGGCUGAGGCCCAUUUUUUAACCCUUUGAAAAAAAUUCUGGCUGGGCAGUGGUGACACUGCCUUUAAUCCCAGCACUUGGGAGACAGGCAGGUGGAUUUCUGAGUUCAAGGCCAGCUGGGUCUAUAGAGUAAGUUCCAGGACAGCCAGAGCUAUACAGAGAAACAAAAAAAAAACAAGGGUUUAUUGGGGAGGGAAGGGAAGUACUUAUUUUGAAUAAGGUUUUAUUGUGUAUCCCUGAUUGUCUUUGAAAUUAAUUUGCUUCAACUCGAAGUGCUGAGACUGCAAGUAUGUACAACCACAGUACUCUUAGGUUCUAACUGAAUUCUCACCCAUUAUUUUUCAAAUACGGCCUUUCAGUUUUAUUCUCUACUGGACUCUUAGAUAACCAGAUACUGGCAUUGAAACUAGUUUUUUUCUCUUUGAAUAUUAAUUUGGAUACAUUCUAUUGUUUUGGAUUCUAGUUCACUGAUUCUUCUGUUAGGCCCUUUAGUGAAGCUUUCAGGUGUCUUUAGUUUUUUUUUAAUUUGUGUGUGUGGGUAUAGUGUCUGUAUUUCUCCAUGUGCAUGCAAUGCCACAGGAGGCCAGAAGAGGGUGGAUCUUCCAACCUUUUUUUUUUUUUUAAAGAUUUUUAUUUUAUGUAUAUGAGUACACUGUAGCUGUCUUCAGACACACCAGAAGAGGGCAUAGAAUCCCAUUACAGAUUAUUGAGAGCCACCAUGUGAUUACUGGGGAUUGAACUCAUGACCUCUGAAAGAGCAGUCAGUGCUCUGAACUACUGAGCCAUCUCACCAGCCGCCUUCAAGUUCUUGUGAACCACCAUGUGGGUACUGUGAAUCAAACUUGUGUUUUCUGGACUCUUAACAGCUGAGUCAUCUCUCUAGCCCUUCAAGUGUUUCCUUUCUCUUCUAGGUUUCCAGUUUAUGAAGCCCCCAUUUUGUCAUUUAAAUUCUUUUCCUGCAAAUUCCUAUACAUCUACAAUCAUUGAAGUCAUUUGUAAAUUUUUUUAUGUGCAUUAGUAUUUGGUCUUUAUGUGUGUGAGGAGUCAGACCCACCAUGUUACAAACAGUUGUGAGCUGCUAUGUGGGUGCUGGGAAUUGAACUUGGGUCCCCUGGAAGAGUGACCAGUGCCCUUAAGUCGCCCCUUAUUUGUAGUUUUAACAGGAGUUAUGGUUGAGUACUUGUUAGGAUUAUGAAGAGUUGUUUCUCUUUCAUUGCAUGUCUAAACUGGACAUUGACCCAUAUUUAGAGGCCAGCCAUGUGCUAAUUCAAGUACAUUUUGUACUGGCAUUCUUAAGUAGCUAGCAAAAUCUGAGUUUCUGUUUUUCAUAGAAUAUGAUGAGAUUUACUUUAAAGCCAGGUAAUGUGUUUAUCCUGAGAAUACCAGCUGUGUAUUUUCUUGAGCCAACCAAAUUGAAAGUGAGGAGUUUCAGUGAUUAAACACUGGCUGUUUACAUGCAGAGAACCCCAGUUCACUUCCCAGCAUCCAGAUGCUGCUUGACUGUAACUAGUUCCAGGGACCCAAGGUCCUUUUCUGCUUUUUGGGCACUUUCUUGGGUGCUAGCAAAACACCCAUAUACAUAAAAAUGAAUAGGAAAAUGAAAAAUUUAGGAAAAGUUGGAAGCGAUUUUAUGUCAAAUUUACUGUUCCUGUUCAUGGUCCCCCCCAAACUUCCAGACUCACUCCUCAGUACCCCUCUGUUGCCCAGAAAUCCGGCUAAUCUUGGCACACCUGUAGCGCGCCAGACUAAACACUGACUUUGAGAGUAUGUGCCUCAGUUCUAUCUGGUAAUUAUUUUUAUGGUGCUUGGAAUUAGACCAGGACCUUGGUUUGUACAUAUAAUUAGGUGAUUGCAGUUUUUCUUGACUUUGGUUUUUUUGUUUUUUUCCUUUACAUUUCUGUCAGAUUUCUGUUUUUUUGAGACAGGGUCUCUCUCACUAUGUAGCUUUGGUUAUCCUAGAACUUACUAUUUAGACCAGCUGGCCUUUAAUUCCCAGAGGUUCAUUCACCUCUGCCUUCUGAGUGCUGGCAUCAAAGAGAGUGGAUUCGUAGCUGUUAAUAUCAGCUAUAAACUUGAUCAGAUUGAUAAGUGUCUAGGGCACUAGGGAAUUACUCUACAUGUUGCUAUAACAGAAUACCUGACCAAAGCAAUUUAAAGAAAAGGGGUUUAUUUUGAUUCACAGUUCCAGAAUAUAGUCCAUCAUGGCAGGGACAAGGACGACAUGAUGCCAGAAGCUUGAAGCAGCUGGUCACAUUGCAUCUAUAGUUAGAAAAAGUUGAUGGAUGCUUGUAUUCAGCUAGCUUUCCUUUCCAUGCAGACUAGGACUCCAACCUAGGGAUGGUUUUACAUACCUGAGGUAAUUCAAGAUAAUCUCAUAGGCAUAGCCAGAAGUUAACCUGAUCUAGAUAAUUUCCUACAGAUAUGCUUAGAAGCGUGUCUAUUUCCUUCUAGAUCCAGUUCAGUUGACAAUGUGGUUUGGCAUACUCUAGGGUGUGUGUGUGAGUAUUUCCAGAAAGGACUAGCUGAACUACAAACACUCACCCUAAGCCAUGAAAUCUGGGGCAUGGUGGCUGGGAUUUGAACUCAGGACCUUUGCUGAGCCAUCCACCAGCCCCAAGUUUCUCUGUGUAGCCCUGGCUGUCCUGGAACUCACUCUGUAGACCAGGCUCAGAGAUCUGCCUGUUUCUGCCUCCCAAGUGCUGGGAUUAAAGGUGUGCGCCGCCACCGCCUGGUAAAGCAAUUUUGAUAAUCUUUUGUCUCUAUUCUAUCAUAACACUCCCAGUGUCUAAUCAUUUGGAAGGGUGCCAUCUCUAGUUUCUUUUCCCAUAUCAAAGAAAGUGCAAAUUUUUUAGGGGCAUCAUAAUGGUAACUUGGACAUUAAUUAGGAAGAAACUGCAUUUGUUGGUUAAAAAUAUCUGUAAAGGGGGCCAGUGAGUUCAAUUAGUAAAGGUGCCUGCCACCAAACCUGACAGCCUGUGUUUGAUCUCUAGAAGAUGUAAAAGCUGAAGGAGAGAAACAAUAGGUUUGUCUGGCCUCUCUGUAGCAAGCAUGUACCUGAACAUGCAUAUCACUCAUACAGUAAUUAAACAUCGGAAUGAUUCACAUCCACAAGGUAAACUAUGGGAAGGAUAAACCUCUAGUAAACAUGUC